UCGAGCCUCGUAACUAACAAACAUAUUUCAAAAAAUUAAUAGAUCUGCAUUGGAAGGGGUUAAACAUAUUAUCUUUGUUCGGCGUGAACGUUAACAUCAGUCAUCACAUUAUUUAAUUAUCACUUUACAAGAGAUGAAUUUAAUAUAACACAUCCUGUCUCAUGAACUAAAGCUAAUAUUCAUUUGAAUGAAUAUAAACCAGAAAGUUAAUAGGAAUUAAAUGUUCAAAAAAAAUUUAAAAAUGAGCUUAAAAUUAUUUUUUUUUAUCUUAUUUUUCAAUAUAAUAGUUAUAACAGCGGCAGAUAGAAAAAAUAUUUUAAAUACAUUUUUUGAUGCUUUAUUGAGUGACAACAGCCAUAAGAAUCGAUACAAAACAUUGCUGCAAACAGGAAUACAUGAUUUUUCAGUUGGAUUGUUUGAGGGAUCAGGUGGUCGUAUUAACAAAAUAUCAAAUAUCCAACGAACUGGUAAUGUCAUUGUGCACCCCGGAAAAGAUGAAACCUGGAUAGAAAUGUCUUUCAUUGUGCAACAUCUAGAUGUGAUUUGGGACAAUUCAACUUGUUUUGGAAUUAAAUGUCAGCUUUGGGCUACUAUGUUGGACAAUAAAUUUGAUGUGAAAAUGGCUGUAAAACCGAUCAACUGCCUGGUAUCAUACAAUAUUAAUUUAAAUACCGUCGGAACAAUGGAAGUGAGUGUGUCAGAACUACCUAAAUAUAUGCCAAGUUUUUUAUUUAAUGGAGCAUUGUACAUAGUAGAAGUGUUUUUUAAAGGUCCACUAAUGGAAAGUGUCAAACAUCGUAUAAACCAUAGUGUUAUACAUGAUUUUAUAGAUAAAAAUCAAAUAGACCAAAUAUGUAUAGCCGUCAAUGAAACAAUUUACCCCAAAAUAGUCUAAAUGUUACGCAAUCAAAAAAAAAUAUUUUUAUUUAACUACCAUUUUAUUUUAUUCAACAAAUUAAGAAGUCAGACAUACAAUUAUGACACUAACAAAACGUUUAUUUCUUACUUCAGUAAAUACUAACAUUAAGAUUAAAAUUAAAUAAUCAAGUUAUUUUUAUUUGGUGUAGUAUAAUAAGCUAUAUUUUACUCUUUAUUUGUCAAUUAUUUUUUAAUAAUUCUUAAAACUAAUUACUUUUAUGUUGUAAAGUUUAUCAGUAAAGAUAAAACUAGACUAAAUUAUUUUAAAAUUAUUUAUGAUUAAUGUUUAUUUAAGUAAUAUUUAAAAUAAAAUCAAGUA